AUGGGACGAAUGUUAUACGAACUGGGACGAGUGGAUGAAAAAACGCGAAUGGCUAACGAGCGAGGAAGUAACAAAGCAGGUAAAAGUAGUUUUAGUUGGGCCUGGAGUCUGGAUGGGACUGCUGAGGAGCGCGAACGAGGUAUUACGAUGGAUAUCGCCCUGCAAUCACUGUCUACACUCCACAGACAAAUUACAAUCUUGGAUGCUCCCGGUCAUAAAGAUUUUAUUCCGAAUAUGAUAUCCGGCGCAUCUCAAGCUGACUGUGCACUUCUUGUUGUUGACGCUGCAAUUGGUGAAUUCGAAGCAGGUUUUGAUCGCGGUGGCCAAACUCGUGAACACAUUCUCCUUGUCAGAAGUCUGGGUGUUUCUCAGGUGAUCGUUGCUGUCAAUAAACUUGACCAGGUUCAAUGGAGCAAGAGUCGUUACGACGAGAUCUGUGACUUCUUGCGCCCUUUCCUCGUUCAGUCGGGUUUCCACCCAUCGAAAACGAAAUUUGCACCAGUUGCUGCGAUGCAGGGCGUGAAUCUGGUCACAAUGGAUCAGGAGGCAGCUCGAGAACUUCGGCAAUGGUAUAAAGGAUCUACACUUGUCGAUUAUCUAGAUCAACUGGAACCACCUGCACGCGAUAUCUACGCUCCGUUGCGAAUCCCUAUAUCCAAUGUCUUCAAAGGAUCGAGUUCUGGUACCGCUGUUUCUGGUCGACUUUGCGGUGGAGUGGUACAAGUGGGUGAAAGUUUAAGGGUUCUUCCUGGGGACGAGAUUGCUACUGUAAAAACGAUCGAGGUGAAAGAAGAGAGUGUCCCGUGGGCCGUGGCUGGCAUGAACGCUACACUAUAUCUCAUUUCCGUAGACUCCGUACAUUUAAACAUCGGCAGUGUCCUCUGUCCACCAACAAAUCUGGUACCACUGGCAACCACUUUCACCGCACGUAUCAUUGUUUUUGAUAUUCAGAUACCGAUAACGUCUGGAGCUUCUAUCGAAUUGUUUCACCAUUCUCGUGACGUUCCCGCGACAGUGUCAAACCUGAUAGCAACUCUUGAUCGAGCGUCGGGAAGUAUAAUAAAGAAAAAACCUCGAGUCUUAACUAAGGGAACUUCUGCAGAGGUACAGAUCACCUUGCGAACACAUUCACUCUCCGGACCUUCUGUUGCACGCCCGAUACCUCUCGAAUCAUUUUCUGUAAACAAAGAUAUGGGUCGGAUUCUUUUGCGCCGUGGAGGCGAGACAAUUGGAGCAGGUGAAGCUUAA